UUCACAUCACAUCACCGGAGCAGGCCGAAACUUCAUAGAAUACAACCGACAGUAACAGGCAACAUUUAAUUUCAAAUUUUCCUCAAAGCAAAGAAACACAUUUUAUUAAUUAUAUUAAUAUAAAUUUCCGAAAUGGGGUUUCUGCUUACAUGCGCUCUGGUUUAUAUAAUAUUUUCCACUACUGUACUUUCGGCAACUGAAACUUUUAGACCAAACAGCACAAUUGAUGAUCUGAAUUUGCUUGACGCUCUACUGAAAAAUUAUGAUCGCAGAGCCUUGCCAACAAGUCAUAAAGGAACUCCAACUGAGGUUCGCUGCGAAAUGUAUAUUCGAAGUUUUGGAUCCAUUAAUCCCUCUACCAUGGAUUACGAAGUUGAUCUUUAUUUGCGCCAGAAAUGGUUGGAUGAAAGAUUAAGAAAGCCCGAGAUGUCAAGGCCUCUCGACUUAAACGAUCCCAAACUAGUUCAACGCAUUUGGAAACCUGAAGUCUUUUUUGCAAAUGCUAAACAUGCCGAAUUUCAGUAUGUGACUGUUCCGAAUGUCCUUGUUCGAAUAACGCCUUCUGGACAUCUAUUGUAUAUGCUCAGGCUGAAACUUACAUUUUCCUGCAUGAUGGACUUGUACAGAUUUCCCUUAGACACUCAAGUCUGCACUAUUGAAUUGGCUUCGUUUUCAAAAACCACUAGCGAACUGAAUCUGAAAUGGUCCGAGGAAAAUCCUGUGAAUUUGUUUGAAAAGUUGAAGUUACCCCAAUUUGAAAUAAAGAGUGUAAAUACUUCUCUCUGCAGUGAGAAGUUUCAUAUAGGGGAGUACAGUUGCUUGAAAGCUGAAUUCAAUCUUCAGCGAUCAAUCGGAUUCCACCUCGUGCAGUCGUACUUGCCAACCAUACUGAUUGUGGUCAUCUCCUGGGUGUCUUUCUGGCUUGAUGUUGAAGCAAUCCCAGCUCGGAUAACACUCGGCGUGACCACUCUUUUGACUAUCUCUUCCAAAAGCUCCGGCAUCCAGAGUAACCUUCCACCAGUGAGCUAUGUAAAAGCUAUUGAUGUCUGGAUGGGUGCCUGCACCACCUUCGUUUUCACAGCACUUCUCGAGUUCACUUUGGUCAACUAUCUGUGGCGUAAGAGGAGAGCUACUCCUCCAAGCAUCAAGGUGGCUGAUGAAAAUAUAUCACUCAGAAUGUAUGAAGAGAAGGAAGAGUGCAACGGAACUAAGAAGGUUACCAAAAUCCAACAGGAAUCUGACGAUGAUGAGCCUGUGGAGGAGAAAAAUAACCCAAGAGUCAAACCCUAUGGUGGAACCCACAAGAUAUCUGCUAAGCGCAUCGAUCAACUGUGUCGCGCUGGAUUUCCCAUUUUGUUCUUGAUCUUCAAUAUUUGUUAUUGGCCCUACUAUCUGUUUUAGAUGCAGCAACAAUUCUUUUUUUGUUAAAUUGGGUCAUAAAUUUUUAAUUUAUAUUAUGUUUCUUCAAAUCAGUCAGUAGAGUGUGUUCCAUUUUAGUGCAAUUUACGAGGAAUUAAUUUUAAAUUAAUUUAAUUCAAAAGAAGAAAGUUUAUCGUUUUCAGAUCUGGUAUUUAAUAUUUUUUAUUGGCCCGAUUAUCUUUUCCAGUUGCUGCAAUAACUUAACUUUUUUUUUCUGUAUGUAAUAAUUAGAAUUUUUAUUGAUAUUUUUCUUUAAUUUCUAAUUACAAUGUGAAUAAUUAUAUUAGACAUAGAGUUAGAAAAAUAGUGACUGAAUUAUAAAGUUUGAAAAGUAUAUAUAAGUGAUUCACAUUUAAUUGAGAAACAUUUAUUUGGGAAGAUUUAAGCAUGAUUUUACUAUUACUAUAACAAACGUACGCGCAAGGAAUUUUGUUUUAAUAAACUCAUUCCGAUUCUUGAAUAUUUCACCAUAAUUGAAAUAUUAGUCCUAAUUUCUAAACUAGCUUGAAAUUUAUGCUGUUAA